CAAGCUUCUCGUGGUGCCUGAACGAGCUGUUCAUCCAAAAGUCGUUGUUUGCUGCGAAGUUAUGAUCGCUGAUUUCGUGUGACAGUAACGAGGAGGUUCAACUUUUCUUAAAAAAACCUCUUGCAACGCUACAGGAAAUGUCAGGUAGAGGAGGCGUGGUGGACAUACCCGGAGCUCAGAUCGCCAGGAAUGCCAAACCUCAGCCAGUGUGCAACUAGGCAGCGACAACGUCCACUUGGAGUCCGGAGUCCAGUUGUAGCCCGCGAUGUUUCACAGCCUUCGCCUUUGCUGCUUUUUUCUCGCGUUCGUCUCGGUACAUGCCCAGAACGCAGCUUAAUGCCCCGUGAUGGAAUCCGCGAGGUGUACUUUUCCCAGAAAGAAGACAUUGAAAUCCAUCGGAAGGAAAUUUCCCGCUCAGGUGAAACUAAAGAACAGCCUAGGAGAGUUUUGCAACCCUGGCUUACAGGGAUCAUUGCAGUAGUUGUGUUCCUGUGCCUGUGCUUUAUUGGAUUUAUAGUGAAUAAAAUCUGGUGCAAGAAUGCUGAAGUUACUAAUCAUCUGGAAUCACCAGCGCUGGAGCCUGACUACGCAAACACCAAUGGAACCCCUGUUACAGGAUCUUCUUUAGAAGAUGUGAGAUCAAAUGAACAUCCAAAUGCCUAUGAAAAUAUAUAUCAGACCUUCAAUGAUGAAUCACCGAAGAUAACUGUAACUGAAAUGUAAUAUUGUAAAUCAAAGAAUAGUUUCCAGAAGAUCUGUUUAAAGUAAUGAGUUAAUUUCAUAUAUUCCAAUGACACACCAUAUGUUUUCUUCUUUUGAAUAUAUAAACAGAGUGCUAUGUAUUUGCAGCUUCAUUUUGCAGUCUGAGUGCUUCAUAUAUAUGAUAUAUUAUCAGUACUUUUAAUGUAACUUUAUGUAAUGAUUUUAUUCUCAACGUUGAGGGAUAAGCAGAUGAUCAGUUCUUCUAGCUUCCUGGAGAUAUGCAAGAAUAAAUCAAUACUGUUCAACAUUC